AUGAAAACGAUAAACCCGCAGACAUUUAGAGGCACAUCGCAUGGUGGUAGGUCCAAGGAUAUUGACGACACCUUCGAGUACUGGCGAGGCCUGUUCUCAUACUUCCUCGAAGAUGGCUACGAAGUCGAAUUUUUGAAAAGCUAUACAUUUGCAGAGCUAGCUGAUGCAAAAACGACCGAAAUCGGAUGUGCUUAUUAUGAUGUCUGCGAUGGAAACGAGGCUUACACUUUCUUCUGCUUCACAAACCAGGCGUAA